GUAUAUGGGAGUGGACCCCCUCAAGGAGCGCGGAAGGUUGGCUCCUCAUCUAUCCCCAUAUGACAUCCAUCCUCCGUUGUUAAAGUCCUAAAUGAUACUCUAGUUUUAGAGUUAAUACCAAGAGCAUAUACUAUCAUCAUGCUACUCGACGAUAAUCCCCGCGGGCGGCAGGCUAUCGAUGUCUCGAGCGCAUUCACCGGCAUCGCGCUCAUUACGGUCCUUCUACGUCUAUACACUCGCUUCUUCCUGGUUCGUUGCGCCGGCGUCGAAGAUUACAUGGUUACUUUGGCGAUGAUUUGCUCAAUUGGAUUGACUAUUUGCAUUGGCAUUCAAGCAGAGUAUGGUAUGGGCAGACACAUCGCAGAGCUCAAGCCACAGGACAUGCGACAUACUUUAAAAGCAUUCUGGGCAAGCCUCAUUGUCUACUACCUCUCGCUCGGUCUCACGAAAAGCUCCAUCCUCCUGCAAUACCGCCGAGUUUUCCCCACCAAGAAGUUCCGAAUCGCAUGCUGGGCUACUAUGGGCGUUGUAAUCGCCUACACCAUCUGGACAGUUUUCGGCAGUAUCUUCGCUUGCCUUCCUAUCCGCGCUUUCUGGACGAAAGAACAGCCUUCCAAGUGCAUCAACCAGUUUGCCAUGUGGUUCACGAAUGCAGCGAUCAAUAUUGUCACGGACUUUGCAAUUAUCAUCCUUCCCAUGCCGGUCAUUCGGAGACUAAAUCUCGCGCGAAGACAGAAGCAGGCACUAAUCGGAAUCUUUGCUGUUGGCGGGUUGUAAGUGCAUCUCUACGCUUCUUCUUCCGAUGUUGCAGCUCCAUCAUGCACCACAUUCCGAGGACUAUUCCGAAAC